GGCGGCGCCGUGCAGAGCUGGGCUCAGUCUGGCCGCCUGCGGGCUGCGCGGCGCCGGCCGGCUGCCCACGGAUUGCUUUGCCCAUGGGGCAGUCGCGCAGAGCACUCGGGUCCGCAGCCCCCCGCCGUCGGGACGUGCGCUAGGGCGGCUCCUGUGGUCUGUGGAAAGUGAUGAGCUAUUACAGAUGGUGUGUCCUGUCUGAAAAUAAGGCAUCUCUUGAAGAUAGCUCACCCUGCCUAUUUCCCGGAGCCAAAAAGAGGGAGAUCCUGGUGACCUCAGGAUCACCCUGAGAUGAGCCUCCUGUAGCUGGGGCUCCCUGCCGUGGGAGGAUGAGGAGCCACCUGCUGGCCUAACAGGAAGAUUUUGUGGUGUUGGCUGUUUCGUUUUGUUUUUCCUGAACUUUGUGAAAUUUCAUGUGACGGCAGAGCCGCUUCCCACGCCCCCUUGCACCGCCUCGCAGCUGAGGGCUGGGAGGUGGAGGGUCACCACCAUGGCGGCGAAGCAACCCCCACCACUGAUGAAGAAGCACAGCCAGACCGACCUGGUGAGCCGGCUGAAGACGCGCAAGAUCCUGGGGGUCGGCGGGGAGGACGAUGACGGCGAGGUCCAUCGCUCAAAGAUUAGCCAAGUACUGGGAAAUGAAAUCAAGUUUGCUGUCCGGGAACCGCUGGGGCUCAGGGUCUGGCAGCUGGUUUCCGCCAUCAUGUUUUCUGGGGUUGCCAUCAUGGCCCUUGCUUUCCCUGACCAGCUCUAUGACGCUGUCUUCGAGGAGGAAUCGGUGAGCAGCAAGACUCCCAUCCGGCUCUAUGGAGGAGCCCUCCUCAGUAUCGCGCUCAUCAUGUGGAAUGCUCUCUACACGGCCGAAAAAGUAAUUAUCCGCUGGACGCUGCUGACGGAGGCUUGCUACUUCACCGUGCAGUUCCUGGUUACCACUGUCUCCUUGGUUGAAAGCAGCCGGAUAGCCACAGGUGCCAUGCUCCUCCUGGUCAGCCGAGUCCUCUUCAUCCUUAUCAGCAUUUAUUAUUAUUACCAAGUUGGACGCCGUCCCAAGAAAGUCUAAUUCCUGGGCUUUUUGUCAUGGGAAGGGUGGGAGGGUGGGGUUUGUGUCGGUAAUUUUGCAUUAUAAUUAUAACUUUUUUUUUUGUUAGUCCCUUUCUGUUCUAAAGUGACUUCCUUCUUUUCCACUUACCGGCAUGAAUCAGUGUGUAGCCCGGUGCUGGUGGUAUUGCCAGGUGAAAUGUGGGGGAGCAGCGUCCAGCAGGUCCCCCAGCCCCUCUGGAGGAGGCAAGGAGCGGAGGGAGGAAGGCUCAGGGAGGUGUGUGGGCCUGGCAGGCUCAGGGAAAAGAGCCAGUUUCCUGGGGGAAACUGGCCAACAGGAUUACAGGCUCUGAACCCACUGGAACAAAGCACAAAAUACAACUAGCACAUUGAAACCAAAUCCCUGAGGAGACAAGGUGGUAAGGAAACAGCUGAAGGACUCAGCUACUCCUCAUGGUAACUCUUGCACCUGCCUGGUGGAGUGUGCCCUUGUGUACAGCCUGUUCCCCUUUUAGCAAGCACUUACUGCCCAGGUAGUUGGGAGCUGGACUGUGUCAGGUCUAGUUCAGCGCUUUGCAAACAGCUCUUCUUUCCUUGUUGCCAGAGGUGCAACCCUGCUUGUAGUUUUGCAGGAGAUAGAGCAAAAGAAGAGGGACACCCCUUGCUUGAUCCCUUCACAGGGACAGCACUGGGAAGGGCGGAGCCACUUAAACUAGAAUGUGUGAGAAGCAAAGGCAGCUGUUGGAAAAAGCCCAUUGAGCACAAAGCCAUCCCUGUGCUUGGGAUGUGUCAUGAAGUUUCUGGACUGGGGUUCUAUCCCUUCACACCAGAACACUUCCUAUAGUUGCAGCUUCUCUGGUGGUAGCAGCAGUGGUGGAUGUGAAGUAGUGUCUGGUGCUUCAGUUAAGCAGGGGCUGGAGUGCUGCUGUGGUCAGCACUAGUGAGAGUAUUGGUACAGCUGCUUGGGUCAGUGAACAGCCUCUGGAGAUGAGCCCCAGCUGUGGGAGAUGUGUUCCAGCUCUGCUGAUGUCAGGCAUCACAGCUCUUCUGACUUUGAGAAGAGAGCACCCAAGUUCAUUGCAUUUAAUACACUUAACUGGGAUGAAUCAAGGAGGGAGGUGUAUAAAGGCAUUAUUUUGUACUCUAAUUCAGUAAAAGAAGGAUUCUGUGUGCUUUAAUACUCACUGGCCAGUCUCUCCAACACCUACUGGGCUUAACAGCAUUGGCUGCCCUACUUCCUAGUGCUUCCCUUGUGGACUAUCCCUGUCCACAGCUGGAGGUGGCAUUUUUUUGUUCUCUGUGGGACUAAGGUCUGUGUACAGAAUAUGGACUUCUUACUCAUGUGCUGUUCUUGACUGGAUCAGUGUGUUCCCUGGAAUAGAGCUGAUGUCCCAAAAUCCCCAUAGAGAGUUGCCUAUGCAAACAAAUGUUGGUGGGAACAAACAGCCCUCAAGCCGCUGGUGAGACUGGGAUCUACAGCUGUUGCUGUUUAAUAUCUUAGUGGAGUUAGAAGAAGGUAGUGGGUACUUACCGUGUGUUGUGUUAGUGCUUUUGGCAUUUAGAAGCAGCUGCAUAAGCUGGGCACACUGUGUGCAUUGUACCUCUUGGCCAUGCAAAAUGUCUGUCAGGUAAGAACAUUGAAAAUAGUUGAACCAGGAAAUAUUACAACUAACUUUUUUUCCUAAAAAGUAAAUCAAAGGGAGAGGCAACAUCCAACAGCAGGCUAAAUUCUGGAGCCUCCCAAUAACACAUACCUGCCAAGCUGCUUUCAACAUGUCCAAAAUAUGAUACUGAGCAACUAAAACUUAGGUUUAAGAGGAGCCUUCCUGGUCAGCUGGAAGAGUUGGGCUCCAGGAGGGAAACCUUUUCCCUGUGAGGCAGGAAAUGAUCAAGUGCAGCCUGGAGAGUAUCACAAAUUAGACAGAGUGAUGCUGUGUGUGGGAGCCGGAGUGUGGCAUGCUGUGGCUCUUGCUUUUACCCUGCAUGCCCACCUGCAUGCAUGGGCAGCUGCAGUGGUAGUAGUUGUUGGUAUAGGUAUGUGAAGCUUGAUUCUUUGUGUUUUGGGGUCACAUGAAUGUAUACACAGACUGACUUGGUUUUGGGGGGGUGGGAAAUUGCAUUUGUAGGAAAGACAAGUAAAACUGACCACAGGAAAAGCAAUCUUGCAGAAGGAGAAAAUGGAGGGUUGUCUUAAUGCUGUCCUCCCAUCUGUGUUAGCUGCAGGUCCUAGACCUUGGGUCUGUAGAUGGCUGCCUCAUUGGGGUACCUUAAAAUGCCAUCCAACAGGUGAGAGAAAUGAGUUGCUGCACUAUGGGAGAGCAGUUAUCUGAAUACUUGUUGAUGGUUAAAUCAGGGGAAGCAGUUACAGCUUUCCAAAGGAGCUUUAAAUGAUGUGAGGUCUGAUUCCUCUGGUCCCUGGCUUAGCAGCUGCCUCUGCAAAACUUAACAACAGUGAGACACUUCUAGUUUUGCCAUUUGCUGUCUUCUGCUCCAACACAGAGCAAUACCUGGAGUGUGUGGUCUUGUAAAGGUUUUCAUGCUACUUGGUACCUAGUCCUAAAAGAGGAGAGAUGAGAAGUUGUCUUAUUUUUGUGCUUCUUGCUCCGUCUUGCAAUAAAUGGACCAUGUAGAAAGUGUAAGUGGACUGAGGCUCUAUACCUCUUCUACAACAGAGGUGGGAGAGAUAGAUGCCCCUGCCUGGCAACAGCUACAUCAGCAAGGUGCCACAGGAAAAACCUGGCCAAGUCCCCUUGAGGAGGCAAAUUUGUAGCAGGUGAGGUCUAGGAGGGUGUUUCUCAGAGUGAUUUGAGGAUGGAGACCAGAGAGCAUCUGCAGCACUGCCAGAACCCAACUGUGGCUUGUGUCUUUAGUCUGGUGUGAAUGGGAGGAAAGGGAGGAGGAUGGUGAAACAUAUAUACAGAACUACAUCCCUAAGGACAGAAUUGCUGGCAUCACAGCUGCAGGUGCCAGUUGAGCUUGUAGUCUGGGAUCAAAAGCCUGAGGUGUCACUUCAGGUUCUGCUAUUGAUCUGCUGAGAAAAAAAUACCAUCUCCACAGGCCUCAGUUUCCUUUAUCUGUUAAAUUGUGAGAAAGGCCUUGGACUGACAUCGUCUCCCAAGGGAGACUGCAAUGAAUUACCUGCAUUUGUAUAAUGUUGUGCAGGGUUGGGAGCUGUGCUCCCCAGGGGGUUGUGCUCUGAGCAGGCAUGGGCUGGGACUAAGGCUGACCCCCUUUCUCUGCCAGAGAUGGACCCAAACCCUUGCAUUCAUAGAGCCCUCGCUUUUGAGGGUGAAGAAGGCUCAUCAUUCUCAUAACUCCCUGCAUCACCUUAUUUAUGCCUAACUGCUAUCUGGCAAACUGGAGCUGGUGACAAAGGAGAGGCUCUGUCUGUCCUAAGCUGGCCUCUCCUUCCUGGUCAAGGGUUUUUACUUAGGGGGAGGGGGGAGGAUGGGACACUUCAGUUUAUACCUCAUUUUAGCUGCUGUACCUGAGUUAUUAUUUCUCCUCUGGUAAGAAAGUGACUGUACUUAACACCAAGCAAAUAGUGAAAAAUUAAAGCUGUUUCACUUCACUGUCACAA